AUGGAUACUUGCCAAUUUACGUACAUUAACAAUGCAGACAUGAUUAGAACUGCUCUAGGUGUCGAGCAAUCAUGGGAAGUUUUAUGCGAACGACUCAAUCGAACAGGUCUUGGUUUACCAAAUGGAACCCAUUAUCUCACUAUAAGCUAUGAGGGCCCAGAGUUAUUUGCUGUAGAUAAAAGUGGUGAGACCAUUGAUGUCUAUUAUCAUGAUUUGGGUAUAUGGUAUCGUUACAUAACUGCGCGAGACAUCCAUUUUGGAACGAUGCCGGAUACGGUUCCAGGACAAACGUUGGUUAGAGCCACGUCGCCUGAUUGA